AUGGUGGCUCACCACUCAGCCCCCCAGGAGGACGGAUUCCUGCAGGUGGGGGCAAGUGACAGUGGCCUGGACUACGGCCAGAUAGACCCCCGAGGCCUCGGUCGUUCCCACAGCCGUCCCGGGGGCCCUCUCCACGGAGCGUCGCCGGGGCCCCAGCGGUCGCUAGGCUGCGGGCUGGGGCUCCCGGCUCCGGCGGCGGCGGCGGCGGCGGCGCGGAUGGCGGCGGAUCCCGGGCGCCCGUGGCUCCAGGCGCGCGGUGCGUACGGCGCGAGCGAGGCGCUGCGAAGGGCCGCCGGCCGCCGGCGGGACCACGGGCCGCAGCCCAACGGGCCGGGCCCCGGGGAAGGCCGCGCCCCGGGCCGCCUGGCUCGCCUGCGGGGCCAGCUCCGGGCCGACGCGCCUCGGCUGCUGCGGCUGGUGGAGCGCGCGGGGGCCGCGGCGGGGGAGGCCGGGGCGCCGGGGGCCGAGGCGCGGGCGGACGCGCGCAGCGCCGGCUCCGUGUGCUCCGUGUGCGGGGAGCCGCGCGGCGGGGCCACCUACCCGGCGGGCGUCCUGGAGGUGAGCGAGCGGCGGCUGCAGGAGGGCCUGGCUGCCGUGCGCGCCGAGCUGGGCGCGGGACUCGAGGCGCUGCGCGCGGAGCUCCGUGCGGAGCUGGACGCCCUGCGCGAGCUGCUGCCACCCCCGCCGCCCCCGCCGCCCCCCCGCCGGGAGCCCCGCGUCGCCCCUCGCGCCGCCCCCCGCGGGCCCGCCCUGCUGCGGGCGCUCGGCACCGUGAACGCCCUGGCCGCGGUCGCGAGGCCCGCCGACGACGCCCCGGACGGCCCUGCGGACGGCGGCGCCAACCGGGCCCCCGCCAGGAAGAGUUUCAAGAAGACGCCCGUGCCGCCCGGGGCCCCGCAGGGCGGCGGGGAUUGAGGGCGCCCUCCCCCGGGGGGCAGCAGGCGCCCUCCCGCACUGCAUCUGUAUGGACAGAUCCACCCCCUCGUCCUUGGAGAAGCGGCCUCGGGCCCUGGGGUGUGGGCGUUGGGACGGCAGAGCCUGGGGACCGCCGGGGACCGCGUCUGGGGUGCGGAUGGCUCCGUGCAGCCGGGGAUCGCCGGCCACCGAGUAGGGCAGGAGGUGGGGUGGAGCCCCUUUUGGCUUUAGAGCUGCAGAAGGGUCAAGGUCAGGGGUGUAGCCAGCCCCGAGGAGAGCGUCGGGGAGAGCUCAAGGGUCUGCCUCGGGGAAGGGUGCUGGUGUUUAGGUUUGGUUUGUUUUCCUAAAGGGUCUUGGGUGGGAGGCAGGGCCUCCAAGCCCUGAAAUACCGUGUGAGCCACACAUUCCUCAGCAGCUGUUAGGGAUCCGCGGGAUGCUUGGGCCACUGUCACCUGGACACUGCCUCACUCAGGGCAGUAACACCCCCAUAUACAACCGCAGUCCACAGGGCAUCAACUGGACAGCAGCUUGACCCCGGCCAGCUUGACUCUACUGAUAGAUGCAGCCUCCUCCUGGACAACGUUGCCUGGACACAGUGGCCUCUAGUCUUUGCUUUGCUGUGGACAGUGACACCAAGGACACUCAACCGUUCACUUAGCCUCCCUUAGGCUCUCCAGAAAGUGUCACCCGACACUCGGGCUGCACAGCCUAACCCCCCAGUGUCACCUGGGCACAGUUUCACUAGUUGUCCUUAUCACCAAGACCCACUCACCUAGCACAGCCUGCAGCAGAACCUGGAACCAGUAGCUUCUCACCUCCUGGCCUCAAGGAAAUGUCAACUGAAGUCAGCACUUAACCCCUAUAGUGGCCUGGGGUCCC